GCGUCUUCUUACCCGCAGGAGGCUGGAGGGGCCCCCUCGGGCGGGCCCGCUGCGGGUUCUCAGGCGCCGCCGGCGCCGGCCCCGGGAGAGCCGCGGAGCCGAAGGACCCUCCCCGCGCCCGGAGGGCGGCGGCUGCCCGCGGUAGGAUCCGACAGCCCGGAGGGCGCGGGCCCGCCCCGCAGGCGCCCGCGGGCAGCUCUAGCGGGGCCCUGCCGCCGCCACGGCUCGCCCCGCCCCGCCGCGCUCCUUCCGGUGCAGGCGGGGAAGAUGGGGACACCACAAAAGGAUGUUGUGAUAAAACCUGACGCCCCAAACACGUUGCUUUCGGAGAAACAUGCGGACUAUAUAGCUUCAUAUGGAACAAAGAAAGAUGAUUAUGAAUACUGCAUGUCGGAGUAUUUGAGGAUGAGUGGCGUUUACUGGGGACUGACAGCAAUGGAUCUCAUGGGGCAGCUACACCGAAUGAACAAAGAAGAAAUUCUGGCAUUCAUCAAAUCGUGUCAGCAUGAAUGUGGUGGAAUAAGUGCCAGCAUAGGUCAUGAUCCUCAUCUUCUGUAUACACUCAGUGCUGUCCAGAUUCUUAUCUUAUAUGAUAGUCUCCAUGUUGUUGAUGUAAAUAAAAUUGUUGAAUAUAUACAAAGCUUGCAAAACGAAGAUGGAUCAUUUGCUGGAGACAAAUGGGGAGAAAUAGAUACAAGGUUCUCCUUCUGUGCUGCAGCAACUCUUGCACUUCUGGGAAAGCUGGACGCUAUUGAUGUGGGGAAAGCAGUAGAAUUCGUUUUGUCCUGUAUGAACUUUGAUGGAGGAUUUGGUUGUAGACCAGGUUCUGAAUCACAUGCAGGACAGAUCUAUUGUUGCACAGGAUUUCUGGCUAUAACAGAUCAGUUGCAUCAAAUAAAUGUUGACUUGCUGGGUUGGUGGCUUUGUGAACGUCAGUUGCCUUCUGGAGGUCUCAACGGACGACCAGAGAAGUUACCUGAUGUAUGUUACUCGUGGUGGGUGCUAGCGUCUUUGAAGAUGAUUGGUAGGUUACAUUGGAUUGACAGAGAGAAACUGCGCUGCUUUAUUUUGGCUUGCCAGGAUGAGGAGACUGGAGGAUUUGCCGACAGACCAGGAGAUAUGGUGGAUCCAUUUCACACCUUAUUUGGAAUUGCUGGACUAUCUUUAUUAGGAGAAGAGCAAAUUAAGGCCGUUAAUCCUGUCUUCUGUAUGCCAGAAGAUGUCCUUCGAAGAAUAAAUGUACAGCCUGAGCUUGUGAGCUAAGCAUCGUAGAGACAAAAGGUUGAUAUGCCCAGUUGCUUUGGUUUUACUGAUUUAAGUUAUGUCAUCUCUGAAACUGUUAGCAUACUCUUCUUUGAGAUGUGUUUACAUUAUGAAUGUGAAGCAAUAGCUUUACUGCGGGUUUUGUCACUUUGUAAACUAUCAGAACAGGCUGGUUCUAAUAAUCUCAGUGUAACAUGUUCUUUGGUUGUAUAUAAGAGAUGUAGAAACAUUUCUAAUCUGUAUCUAAAUAUAUGGGCCUUUGCAUUUUUUUUUAUAUUUAAGUCAAAACAAUAGUGUGAAUGCUUAAUUUUUGCAUUUCCAUGAUAUCAACCAUGCUAGCAUGUGUCUUUACACAAGUGUGUUUUGAUGGUGAAUCACACAAAGCACUUUAAAAAAAAAUGAAAGAAAAUAUGAAAAACAAACCCCAAACAAAACCCUACUUAAGCCAUGCACUUAAUGCCACGCACUGGUGUAUUUAAUUCUUCCCGCUCAUCUUUGCCAUCACUUUUAUACACUGAGAAGAAAGCUUUUUCUUCUAAUAGUAAUUGGUACCAGUGAAAACAAAAAUUAUGGUUCCAUUAAGUAUAUAAAUGUCUUCAUUUAUUGCUAAGUCCCUUAGGCAAAAUUUCGCUGAUAUUUGAAAUGGAGCAUACCUUUGAGUAUGUAUAGUGAAACUUGCUAACAUUAAGCAUUCAAGAGAAGGUCUCUAUAGGACAGUGACUUGUAACUGAAUAUAGAGUUGAUGCUAAAUUUGUUGCUGGGUUGAAAUUCUGCUUUUGUAGUUUUUAAGAUGAUAAUUGCCAACACUUGAUUAUGGUGUAAUUGAGAAUAAAACUAGCUAUGGAAAAUACUUGUUCUCUGAAGGAUGAAGCCCUCUUUGUCUUCACAGAAGCCCUAAAACUGUCUCUUAAUUCACAUUCCACACACCCUGGCUGAGACUGACUGGUAAUCCAGUUGAAAUGUACAUUAAAAGGUGAUCAUGAAGGGGAGGAAGUCUUUGAUAAUCUUUGUACUUAUGUUUAAGGAAGGUCUAAAAUUGUUUCAAACACAGUUUUAAAAGGCAGAUGGUUAGUUUUAUCCAGCCUGUUGGUGUUAGUAGAGAGUAAGAACUGGACAAAGUAACUUUUUGGUAGACCUUUACUUGUAGAGAAUAUCAGAGAGAAUGUGUAUAAGAAUGAUCAAGUUUCUAGUGCAUUUUUUUAAGCCUUCUCUACAGGCUUUUAGACCAGGUAAAAAGCCUACUCUUUUGAGUUGUCCACUUGCCUGAUGAAAUUUUUUGUCAAAGCCUGGAAUUAAUUUAUUUUUCAAGGUUUGGAGGAAAAGUUACAGCAGGCUUUCUGUCGAAUAUGAGGGAAUGAGAGCACUGAUCAUGUUUGAUCUUAACUGUAAAGUUUAACAGAAAACUUUAAAAUUUUUUUCUGAUUCUUGGUUACCUUUGCAAGUGCCAGUUCCCUUCAUCUAAGGAAAUACUGUUCAGUACAUAGGAAUUUGCAUU